CUUGAUGUCGAAGGGCGCGCACUACUUUCACACGACAUCCGAUUCGGUAUUGGACGGGAAGUAUUACACAUAAUAUGAUGUAUAUUUAAGUGUGAAUAUAGUUUCCCCCCUGAGGUUUAAGAAUAUCAAGAUCGAUCAUAGGAGUCAAACCCUAUCCGCAAUGAGUUUACUACGUCGGUCAUGGCUCUUAGCUAGGGGCUCUCACAGCUGUACCAAUCAGUGGACUUCGUUUGCUCAUGUCCAUCGAAGGCCAUGUUCUAGCUCAAAAAAACUAGAGCGAAUAUCAGCUCUGAAGAACCUCCUUAAAGUAUCUGAGGAAGUCACCGAUGCACUAGCUACGAAUAAGCCCGUGGUGGCCCUUGAAUCAACUAUAUAUACCCAUGGAGCCCUGGGUAAUGACUUGGACUUGGAGGGUAUUGUUCGACGAAAUGGCGGCAUACCUGCUGUGGUUGGUAUCCUGGGAGGUGUGCCUACGGUUGGCCUCCUGCCCCAUGAAAUAACUCGCAUUGUCGAGGGAUCGCCGAAGAAGGUAUCGCGACGGGAUAUAGCCUAUCUGGUUGGUAUGGGCAUUGCGGGAAAUAAGAUUAAUGGAGGGACGACCAUUGCUGGUACCAUGAUUCUGGCAAGGCUUGCUGGGAUUCAAGUUUUUGGAACCGGUGGCCUUGGUGGCGUGCACCGUGGAGGCCACGAUUCGCUUGAUAUCUCUGCUGAUCUUACCGAGCUCGGUAGAACGAGGAUGGCGGUCAUUAGCAGUGGCUGUAAGGGAUUCCUGGAUAUUCCUAGGACCCUAGAGUACCUAGAAACCCAGGGAGUGCUUGUGUCAACGUUCUCGGACGGUCGAAGUGGUGCUGUGGACUUCCCUGCUUUCUGGGCAAGGGAUAGUGGUAUCAAAAGCCCAUCUGUUGUGCAGGAUGAGAAACAGGCCGCUGCCAUGAUCUUAGCGCAAGAGAAACUAGGCAUUGAAUCAGGACUGCUGUUUGCAAAUCCGAUACCAGAAGAUUUUUCCAUCCCCCGAGAUGAGAUGAACGCGGUUAUUGAGCAGGCGGUCAGCGAAUCAACACAGCAGGGCGCUCUUGGCAGCGAAAACACGCCCUUCAUCUUGAGGAAGAUUAGGGAGCUUACAGGCGAGAGAAGCGUAUUGGCGAAUAAAGUACUGGUACAGGCAAAUGUAGAGCGAGCUGCUAAGAUAGCUGUUGCGCUCUCACAGCUUACUGCAGGCGAAUCUGUACAGUCUCAUAAAUCGAUGAAGAAGCAAGGCGGAUUUAUUCCCCUUGAGAGCGAGAUCAAUCCAUUUGACGAAAUGCAAAGAGAAACAGAGACCACCUCUCAAGCAGACAUAUUAGUUGCCGGCUCUGUGGCAAUAGACCUAAGUUGUGACUAUGUAGGUGAAGACUCAUUAGAGAACCCUACUCCUCACUUGCAUACAUCAAACCCGGCUCAUAUUGGCCAAUCUAUUGGAGGCGUCGGUCAUAAUGUAGCACUUGCAGCCCAGAGGGCCUUACAAAUUCCUAAAGUGAAACUUUGUAGCAUGGUUGGUGAUGACCUGGCUGGAUCAACCGUGCUAUCGUCUCUAAGGGCAAGCGGCAUGGAUACAUCUUACGUCAAGCAACUUAGUCGCGAGCAUUACCCAGCUAGUCGGACUGCCCAGUACGUAGCUGUCAACGAUACUAACAAGAACUUGGUCCUCGGUAUGGCAGAUAUGGGUAUUUUUACGGCCCAGUCGUUUUCAGAAUACUGGAAUUCUGCAGUGAAAGAAUCUAGGCCUAAGUGGCUCAUAGUAGACGGGAACUGGGCUGAGCGUGACAUUCGAGCUUGGGUACGAGCUGGCAAGCAGAACCAGGCUCACGUGAUAUUCGAGCCUGUGUCAAAGGAGAAGUCUACGAGGUUGUUUUGCAAAGAGAAAGGUCUUGAGAGUUUGGGUGUCUUUCCUAACCCUGGCGUUGAUUUGAUUACUCCUAACCAAUACGAACUGGCAGCUAUGCACGCAGCUGCGCAGCGCAACGAAUAUUUCGACGAUCCGCGGUGGUGGGAGACUAUCGACACCUUCGGCAUGAUGGGAGCUCGAGAUCGCUUUGUUAAAAUUACAUCUCCUGAUAUGACGGAUGCUGGCAUUCCACAACAGGCCAUACAACUUCUUCCGUAUAUUCCCACUAUCAUAACGAAGCUUGGGAGUCAUGGUGCCUUGUUGACAGCUAUUCUGGGGAAGAACGAUCCUCGCCUGAUAGACCCGGCGUACGAUAGGUUUAUUCUCUCGAGGAGUUUCAAUGACCACCCAGAAAUUGGAGGCGUCUACAUGAGACUAUUCCCAGCGGCUGAACAGGUGGAGGACAUUGUGUCAGUGAACGGAGUUGGCGACACAUUUCUCGGUGUGCUAGUUGCAGGCUUAGCACAGGGAGGCAAUGUCGAGAAUCUCAUCAAUGUGGCUCAAAAAGGGGCGACCUUAACACUUCGCAGCCAUCAGUCUGUAAGUGAGAAUCUGGGGAUAUUAAGGGGCGAACUAAUUGCUGCCGCUUCUUAACCGUGAUAGAUCACCUAAACUACUUUAAACGAAUUGUUGUACUAGAGUUAUAUUUAGAAGAAGGAAUCAUGAAAAGGGGAGGUAUAGAGAAUACCUCGUUGUAUAUACCUACCUACCUAGGUACCUAUGUAUUUCUAUCGCGAGAGUGAAUAAAAGGGGGACCGGUACGUACCGAAGCUGCAGGGUUAGGUACCUACCUAUGUAGUAGCACUAGACAGUGGGGCCAUCUGUAAGGCUACU